CGACUCCCUCGUCAGGGCUGACGACCAUAACAUAUUGUUCAGAGACGCUCCCAUAUCCCAGUCCCCCCAGCACCGAAUAUGCGAUCCCCCAACCCUCUCUACAGGACCCUCACCGCCAUCUCAUUAUUCCUCUCCCUAUCCCUCUUCUUAACCACCACAUCAGCCAAAAGCACCGCGACCUCAUUCUGCAAAUGCAUCUGCUUCAACAACAGCACCAUCAUCGCACUCAAUCCACCCUCCUCUACCCCUGCCCGACUAUCUCACCCCACGCCCACUUCGUCGCAUCGGUCGAGACGGAAUUUAAACCCAGAUCUAGACCUAGAUUCACUCAAUCUUCACAUUCGUUCUCCUUUGGCAUUCCCCGCCGAUGAUAAUCAAGAUAGCGACACCAAGAAAGUACCAGCCCACCAUAAACUGUCAUGCGCCGAUUGCACGCGGGCGUUUUGUCUAGAUUAUAACCUACCGAUUUGCAAGAAUGCGGAGGAGGAGGAUGUGUUUACUUCUUGUUUCCAACGUGACUCUCUCAAAGAUGAAACCGUUGUCGUCAUCUUCAUCUUUGGCACCGCCGGCCUCCUAGCCUGGGCAUUGGUCAAGCCAUGGAUCGAGAGAUUGAGGCUUGGAGACAAUGGAUCCGGUGCCUUUGAUCCUCUGAUAGGUGGCCGUGGAGCUGAAUCAAGAGAUCUUGGUAAUCCUGCAGGAAACGGUACCAGGACAGAAGGAAGAGCAUCGGCAAGAGGAAAGAAUUCAACUAUAACGACGUCUGCGGCAGGAUAUGGCCCAGCCGACAGAGACGGUUCAUUUCGUGACGACGACGAUGAAGAUGACAACGACCCACAAGACCUAGGUAACGGGACUUUCGGCCCUGCGUCUAACAGUCGGUAAUCGAUCCCGACACGGUGAUUCAAUCCAGAAUAUAUGGAUAGAUCGAUAUAUGUAAC